AUGGCGUCGCAUCCCAAAAGUUGGUCAUGGAGGAAGGAAACAAGCAGAAUUCAGAGAGAUGAUUUAAUCAUGCCGAAAGAGAGGUCAAGUAGAAAGUACUUGGAUUCCUUCACCAUCAAAGGUACCAACAAGCCACUAUGCGUGACGCGUGUGGAGAAGAAGGGUAAGAUCGAGAUUAAACAAGCCAUAGUUACGUUCGGAAACUGUGGGCUUCAGAUUCUCAUUGAACAAAGAGAAGAUGAAAGUCUCAAAAGUCCUAUUAGGCAUAAAAGGGGUCCCUUUCCCAGAGUUAAUGUGCUUAAUAAAAUUCUCGUUAACCGACGCCAAUGGAAGUCAAGAAUAGGCACUUGGAGGCUCCGACGAGGCCAGGAUCCCGAGCGAGAAAGGGCACCGUGGAGGGAUUUCAUAGUUGGGAGCAUGUGUACGAUUAGGGUUUUUAUCGGAGGUGGCAAGGACUGUUAA